AGCAAACAGGAACAGGAACUGGGAGCAGCCAAUCGCGACGCCGGCACGUGGCGCUGCCGCCGGGGUACCGCCUUCUGAUUGGUGGGGAGGCGGGCUCUUUGGAAAGAACGCGUUUUGAUUGGCUGAGGGGCGGGCGCCGAGGCAGGGGAUUGGCUGGGGCGGGGCAAGGCGGAAGUGGCGCUGAUGGCGACAUGGAGGUCCCUCCCCAGGACUACCGGAACGUGCCCAUCGACAUCCAGACCGGCAAACUCCUGGACUGGCUCGUGGACAGGCGCCACUGCAGCCUGAGGUGGCAGAGCCAAGUGCAGCUCAUCCGGCAGCGGAUCGACGGGGCCAUCCAGGACAUGCCGGAGAACCAGGAGAUCAAACAGCUCCUGGAGGGAUCCUACCUGCACUACUUCCACUGCCUGAGGAUCGUGGAGAUCCUCAAGGGCACCGAGGCCUCCACCAAGAACCUCUUUGGCCGUUACUCAUCCCAGAGGAUGAAGGACUGGCAGGAGAUCGUGGCCCUCUAUGAGAAGGAGAACACCUACCUGGCCGAGCUCUCCAGCCUCCUGGUCCGCAGCAUCAGCUACGAGAUCCCGUCCCUGCGGAGGCAGCUUGGGAGGUGCCAACAGGCCCAGCAGGACUUUUCCCGGCGGGAAGAGGAGUGUCAGGUGGGAGCAGCCGAGCUCAGGGAACGGUUCCUGGCCUCCUGCAAACAGUAUGGGAUCACUGGUGACAACGUGAGGCAGGAGCUGCUGGCCCUGGUGCAGGACCUGCCCUCGCUGCUGUCCCGGGUUGGGGACACUGUGAGGGACCUGGGGGAGGCCAUCGAGCUCUACCAGGCCUGCGUGGGCUUCGUGUGUGACAGCCCGUCGGAGGCGGUGGUGCCCCUGCUGAGGCACGUGUGUGCCCGGGGGAACAGCACGGUGCAGGAGUGGAGGACGGGCCGGGAGCCGCGGCGGGUGGAGCGACCGGAGCUGCGGGAGGAGGAGCCGGAGCCGCCCCGGGAGGACACGAUCGACUGGGGGGAUUUCCCGCUGGAUUCCCCCCCGGGAGGGGAUGGAGGAGCUGCCGAGGGGGGCGAGGAGAUCGACUGGGGGAUCACGGUGGAGCCCGGUCCUCAGGUGUGUGACACCCCCCUCCCCACUGGGAUUGCCCUGCUCCGGGGGCCUGGGGGUGUCCUGGGCCCCCUCCAUGUCACCAA